UCUCCCAGCAACUAGGGAAGAUGGCCCAGGGUGGAGGAGUUGUUCCCAAGUCCUACUGCCCCCUUCCCUGAGUCAGGGGGGACUGGGGGAAUCUUCCCACCCCAAGCGCGACACGAGAUGGCUCCGUGGCCUCACAAGAACGGCUCUCUGGCUUUGUGGUCAGAUGUCCCCACCUUGGACCCCAGUGCAGCCAACGCUGCGAGUGGGUUCCCAGGGGUGCCCUGGGCAGCGGCAUUGGUUGGGGCGUUGCUGGCGCUGGCCACAGUGGGAGGCAACCUGUUGGUAAUCAUAGCCAUCGCCCGCACGCCGAGACUCCAGAUCAUAACCAACGUGUUCGUGACUUCGCUGGCCACAGCUGACCUGGUAGUGGGCCUCCUGGUAAUGCCACCAGGAGCCACGCUGGCGCUGACUGGUCACUGGCCCUUGGGCGCAACUGGCUGCGAGCUGUGGACUUCAGUGGAUGUGCUCUGCGUAACCGCCAGCAUCGAGACCCUGUGCGCCCUGGCUGUGGACCGCUACCUGGCUGUCACCAACCCUCUGCGUUAUGGCUCGCUGGUUACCAAGCGCCGCGCCCGGGCGGCCGUGGUCCUGGUGUGGAUCGUGUCCGCCGCCGUGUCCUUUGCACCCAUCAUGAGCCAGUGGUGGCGGGUAGGGGCGGACGCCGAGGCACAGGAGUGCCACUCCAACCCGCGCUGCUGUUCCUUCGCCUCCAACAUGCCCUACGCGCUGCUCUCCUCCUCCGUCUCCUUCUACCUUCCGCUCCUUGUGAUGCUCUUCGUCUAUGCCCGAGUGUUCGUGGUGGCUAAGCGCCAACGGCGUUUGCUGCGCCGGGAGCUGGGCCGCUUCCCACCCGAGGAGUCUCCACGGCCUCCGUCGCGCUCUCCGUCCCCUGUCGCGGGCGGGACAGGCGAGGCCCCGGAUGGAGUGCCCUCCUGCGGCCGGCGGCCGGCGCGCCUCCUGCCGCUCCGGGAACACCGCGCCCUACGCACCUUAGGUCUCAUUAUGGGCAUCUUCUCUCUGUGCUGGCUGCCCUUCUUCCUGGCCAACGUGCUGCGCGCUCUCGCGGGGCCCUCUAUAGUUCCCAACGGGGUUUUUAUCGCCCUGAACUGGCUGGGCUAUGCCAACUCCGCUUUCAACCCUCUCAUCUACUGCCGCAGCCCGGACUUUCGCGACGCCUUCCGGCGUCUUUUGUGCAGCUGCGGUGGCCGCGGGCGGGAGGAGCCGCGCGCUGUCACCUUCCCAGCCAGCCCCGCCGAGUCCAGGCAGAGCCCUCCGCUCAACAGGUUUGGUGGCUACGAAGGUGAGCGUCCGUUUCCCACAUGAAGGACCAUGAAGAUCA